CUGGGGACAUGUAUCUUAAAUAUAAUGGUUGUGGUGGUGGUCGAGACAUGUUUGAGUGGUAUAAUCGUUAAUAACACGCCUGAUUGAGAUUCUUUUCUCUCUCUCUGGUAGGAAGAGUGACUUCUGUUUUAAAGUCACAUGUGCCUUGUCUCCGACAAAAUUUUAUCUCUCUUCUUGCUCCUUGGCUCUGGUUCACAUGCUACUUCAAUAAGAUUUCACUAACUUUAAGGGUUUUUCAUCUCAGAAGAGUCAGAUUAUUUUAAGGUGUAAAUCAAGAAAUGUACAAGCAUCCAAGACAAGAGGUUGAGGCUUACUCUUUGCCUCCUUUUGAGGCCAACUCUGUUGGUAAGCUUACGUACGUACCCGUUAACAACUCCCGUAAACGGUAUUGCAUGCUCGAGCCAUCAUCAUCACCUGACUCUACCGUUUUGAUAUCAAACAACAACUAUGGAUAUGAUGAUACGUCCGCCUCUUGUGUGACCGACGAUUUUAAUGACAAGAUAAAGGAGCUAGAAACAGUGAUGAUGGGACCAGACUCUUUAGACUUAUCCCUCUAUUACAAUAACUCAUUUGUAUCAACGUCAUGUCAAGAGACUAAUAGCUGGAGAUCAACUCUAGAGGCCGUCUCAAGACGUGACCUAAGAGCCGAUCUUGUCUCAUGUGCAAAAGCCAUGUCUGAAAACGAUCUCAUGAUGGCAAAUUCAAUGAUGGAGAAGCUACGUCUAAUGGUUUCUGUUUCUGGUGAGCCUAUCCAACGUUUAGGAGCUUACUUACUAGAAGGCCUAGUAGCUCAGCUAGCUUCAUCAGGUAGUUCAAUAUACAAAUCACUUAAUAGAUGCCCUGAACCAGCAAGCAACGAGCUUCUCUCCUACAUGCACAUCCUCUACGAGGUUUGUCCUUACUUCAAGUUCGGAUACAUGUCAGCAAAUGGUGCUAUUGCUGAAGCCAUGAAGAAUGAAAACAGAGUUCAUAUUAUUGAUUUUCAAAUCGGUCAAGGGAGUCAAUGGGUUACUCUUAUCCAGGCUUUUGCGGAGAGGCCCGGUGGGCCUCCUUGGAUACGGAUAACGGGUAUUGAUGAUAUGACUUCAGCUUAUGCUCGUGGAGGUGGGUUGAGUAUUGUGGGGAAUAGACUUGCUAGGCUUGCUAAGAAGUUUAAUGUUCCAUUUGAGUUCAACUCGGUGCCGGUUUCAGUGUCGGAAGUUAAACCUAAGAACCUUGGAGUCCGACCAGGGGAAGCUCUAGCCGUUAACUUUGCCUUUGUGCUUCAUCAUAUGCCGGACGAAAGCGUGAGCACCGAGAAUCACCGGGAUCGGCUAUUGAGAAUGGUGAAGAGCUUAUCUCCCAAAGUGGUGACUCUAGUGGAGCAAGAAUCCAACACGAACACGGCUGCUUUCUUCCCAAGGUUCAUGGAGACAAUGGACUACUAUGACGCCAUGUUCGAGUCGAUUGAUGUGACACUUCCAAGGAAUCACAAACAAAGGAUUAAUGUGGAGCAGCAUUGUCUAGCGAGAGAUGUUGUGAACAUCAUCGCAUGCGAAGGAGCUGAUCGGGUGGAGCGGCACGAACUCUUAGGGAAAUGGAGGUCACGGUUUGGUAUGGCGGGUUUCACUCCUUACCCGUUGAGUCCUCUUGUGAAUUCCACUAUAAAAAUUCUUCUUAGAAACUAUUCGGACAAGUAUAGGCUUGAAGAAAGAGAUGGAGCCUUGUAUCUUGGUUGGAUGAAACGAGAUUUGGUCGCCUCAUGUGCAUGGAAAUGACGCCAAUUAAGUACGAAUAUGUAAUGUAUAUUGGACUUUCAGUGAAAGUGUUUCUACUUGUAGGAUAAGAUAUUUUAAAACUUAUUCAUAAGGAACAAAUAAUAGUUACUCAAAAUAAGAAAACAACAUAAGUCCUACAAGUACCAAAUCUAAAC